GAAUCGCCUUUCGCCGCCGCCGCUCGUUUCGGGGCCGCCGCUUCAGGGCCGGCGAUGGUGAUGCUCCGGAGCGGCUCGAGCUGCCCCGGCUCCCAGGACGAGAACGAGGGCGGCGUCGCCGUGGCCGCCCCCGCCGCCCACAGGGGCCGCCGCCGGGUCUUGCCGCCGCGGCCCCUCUACGACGCGAUGGAGUCGAGCUCCAUCUUUCUCAGCCUGGAGUCGCCCAGCCCGCCCUCGGCGCGGGGCAGGCGCCGUUGCCGCUCCAGGGCUAGGGCCCCCGAGGAGUUUUCUUCAGCCAAAGAAUGUGAACAUUUUACAAGGCACUCUGUAAGAGCUCUACAGAAAAAUAACCAGCAUUACUCAGAUUCAAGUUUUGAAAAAAGCAUGGCAAUGCUAAGUGAGAAUGGCAUUAACAGGAAACAUUUUACAAGGCAGCUGGCGAGACUUCAGGCAGAUAAUAAAAAGAAUGAAGAUUGUGAAGAAGGUACUGUAGUUCCUGUUACAAAGUCACUCAGACCAAGAGUAAAUGCAGAACCUAGUAAUGGUGUAGAAGAAAAUGGAGAUGUUGAAGUCCGUCGCAGUUGCAGAAUUAGGCAAAGCCGCUAUAGCACUAUGAACCAGUCAGUUUUAUUUGACAAGCUUAUUACAAACACUGCAGAAGCUGUAUUACAAAAAAUGGAUGAUAUGAAAAAGAUGCGUCGGCGACGAAUGAUGGAUUUGGAAGACCUUGGGGUGUUCAAUGAUACUGAAGCGGAAAACCUUGAUGUAUACUCUCGUGGGAAAACAAAAAGAGGGAUGCAAAGGACUGAUGAAGAAACCACAGAUAACCAGGAUGGGAGUGCAGAAUCUUCAGAAGAAGGUGAAGACCAAGAAGAUGAAGAUGGAGAAGACAAUCAAAAGCGUUACGACCUCAGAAAGCGAAAAACUGUAGUGCGCUAUCAAGCCACGCCAGAAAAACCUAGGCACCAGAGGAAGCCCAAAUUAUUUUACCCAGAUGCAGCUUCUGCUGUAAGGCGAAGGUUUCCCUUUAGCCCUGCAGGACCAAGGAGCCCUUACUGCAAAAAGAUGAACAGACGAAAGCAUGCAAUUCACAACAGCGAUUCUACAUCAUCGUCGUCAUCUGAUGAUGAACAACGUUUUGAAAGGCGUAGGAACCGAAGUCUGAACAAAGCAUUAAGCAGGUGCCUUCCUCUAAACUUCAGAAAAGAUGAGUUGAAAGGAGUCCAUAAGGAUCGUAUGAAAAUUGGAGCAAGCCUGGCUGACGUUGAUCCAAUGCAAAUUGACUGUUCAGUACGAUUUGAUAGUGUGGGCGGACUCUUUAGCCAUAUAUCGGCUCUAAAGGAGAUGGUUGUUUUUCCACUACUUUAUCCAGAAGUGUUUGAGAAAUUCAAAAUUCAGCCUCCAAGAGGGUGCCUUUUCUAUGGUCCACCAGGAACUGGAAAAACUCUUGUUGCCAGAGCACUUGCUAAUGAGUGCAGUCAAGGUGACAGAAGAAUAGCGUUUUUUAUGAGAAAAGGUGCUGAUUGCCUCAGUAAGUGGGUUGGAGAAUCUGAGCGGCAGCUUCGCCUUUUGUUUGAUCAGGCCUAUCAGAUGCGCCCUUCAAUUAUAUUCUUUGAUGAGAUAGAUGGUCUCGCUCCUGUACGAUCCAGUAGACAAGAUCAAAUUCACAGUUCUAUUGUGUCCACACUGCUUGCACUGAUGGAUGGCUUAGACAGCAGAGGCGAGAUUGUGGUGAUUGGAGCUACCAAUAGACUGGAUUCUAUAGAUCCUGCUUUACGGAGGCCUGGACGUUUUGAUAGAGAAUUUCUUUUCACUUUGCCGGAUAAAGAUGCAAGAAAAGAGAUCCUUAAGAUUCAUACAAGAGAGUGGUCCCCUAAGCCAUCAGAGAUGUUUCUUGAAGAAUUAGCUGAAAAAUGUGUUGGGUACUGUGGGGCCGACAUUAAGUCCAUAUGUAGUGAAGCUGCUUUGUGUGCCCUACGUCGACGUUAUCCUCAGAUUUACACCAGCAGUGCAAAGUUGCAGUUGGACAUUUCUUCUAUUAACAUAACAGCUAAAGAUUUUGUAGUGGCUAUGCAAAAAACCGUACCUGCCUCUCAGAGGGCAGUGUCUUCACCUGGCCAAGCACUUUCUACCAUUUCAAAACCACUACUUGAAAACACGCUUCAGAGAAUCUUGGGGACUCUUCAGAGGGUGUUUCCACAUGCAGAGCUUGCACAGAAAGCCAGGGGAAAACCAGAUUUUGCAAAUGAUAUGUUGGAUAAUGACUUGCUGUACAGUGAUGAAGAGGGACCAUCAGUGUUUGAAACUGGACAUUGUCAAAAAACAUCAGAUAAGCCAAAAGAAAACGCCCUUAAUUUUAACAGACGUGCUUAUCACCAGCCUACAUCAUAUCGGCCAAGACUUUUGAUAGCAGGUGAAGCAGGAUUUGGGCAGGCCUCUCACUUGGCACCAGCAGUUAUACAUGCUUUGGAAAAAUUCGCGGUAUAUACAUUGGACCUUUCUUUUCUCUUUGGAGUUGGUGCUGAAACACCAGAAGAAAAAUGCACACAGUUGAUCUGCGAGGCCAAGAGAACAGCACCAAGUAUAAUAUACGUUCCAAAUGUUCGUAUGUGGUGGGAGACGGUUGGACACACGUUGCAAGCCACGUUUACUACACUGCUGCAGAACAUUCCAUCCUUUGCUCCAGUUUUGUUGCUGGCAACAUCAGAUGUAUAUCAUGCAUCAUUGCCAGAUGAGGUACGAGAAUUAUUUGCUAGUGAUUCUGGAGAAGUUUUUAAUGUCCACUUGCCUACCAUUGAAGAAAGAAAAAAAUUCUUUGAAGAGUUAAUCCUCCACCAAGCUGUUAAACCUCCUGUAUCAAAAAAGAAAGCAGUUUUGCAGGCCUUAGAAGUAUUACCGGUAGCACCAUCUCCUGAACCGCAGCAGCUGACAGAGGCAGAGGUCAAACGGCUUGAGGAACAAGAAGAAGACACUUUACGUGAACUCAGAAUUUUCUUAAGAAAUGUUACUCACAGACUUGCCAUUGACAAACGCUUCAGAGUCUUUACAAAGCCAGUUGAUUUGCAUGAGGUACCAGACUAUGUCACAGUUAUCAAGCAGCCGAUGGAUCUUUCAGCAAUGAUUUCUAAAACUGAUCUUCACCAAUAUCUGACUGCAAAAGAUUAUCUGAAAGAUAUUGAUCUAAUCUGUAGCAAUGCAUUGGAGUAUAAUCCAGACAGAGACCCUGGAGAUCGUCUCAUCAGACACCGAGCCUGUUCUCUGAGAGAUACAGCAUAUGCAAUAAUUAAAGAGGAAAUGGAUGAAGACUUUGAACAACUCUGUGAAGAGAUUCAAGAAUCUCGCAAAAAAAGAGGUUGCAGCUCUGCGAAAUAUGCUCCAUCUUACUAUUAUGUAAUGCCAAAGCAGAAUACUACCUUGGAGUGCAAGAAAUUGGAUUCUGAAUGUGGAGAGAAACUGAAAAUCCCUCCAAUACCCAUAGAAACUAGCUCUCCUUUCCUUUCUAAUGCCUCAUCCAAGAGAAAACUCCGACGAAAGAGUAGGUGGUGUCUGGGUAACCUAGCAAAACGAAAGAAGACUUCUCAUUUCAACAAAGAGAAUAAAGCUCCAGGAGAAGAACAAGAUGAACCCGACAGUGAUGGAGAAGAGUGUCUGGAGAAUGAUUCGAGCAUGGAGCAAACGGAAGUAAUUCCAGCUUCAUUGGAAGAACCUGAAAUGGUAGUUUCAGAGCAGCUGGCCAACAGCUGUGAGAAUGAAUCUGAUGCAGAAAAAGAGAGUGAGCAGGCCGUUGGUAAUACUGCUAAGUCUAGAUCAGAUGAGGGCAACAAAGAUACUGACUGUUCAGAAAAGAGCAAAAGAUCUAUUGGAGAACUAAUAGAACAUUUGUCAGACAAGGAAACUAAUGAUGUAAGUGUGCUUCGAAUGACUCGUGCUAGGCGCUCUCAGGUCGAACAGCAGCAGCUCAUCAGUGUUGAGAAAGCUAUGGAGAUUAUUUCGGAGCAGACACCUCCACUUAUUGUGGACUACGAAAAGCUCAAUGUAUUACUAGAAAUCGCUGUUGAGAAAAGUAGAAGCCACACUCUGUUUCAGUUGGAAAAGCUGUAUGCCUUGCUCAGCCAAAGUAUUUAUCGACAUCGCAAUGACUAUGAUAAAACCAAAUUGAUUCAGGAAAUGGAAAAAGAAAUUACAGUCUUCAGUUAAUUGUAUUAAUGAAGUCUUCUGAUUCGAAGUGUUCUUGGCAAUUUAAGACUCUUCCAGUGUCCUGUAAUGGUCUUGAUUCUAAUGAACUUGGCUGAAGAAGCAGUAGUUUGUGACAAAUUGGUCAAAGAUGGUGAGCGGUCAAGACGGCGUGCCUAGUAAUCCCUGUACAGUGAGUUUGUGUGCUUUUUAAAAUUAAACUUAUGCUAAUUUAUCAUAGUUUUUCAAUCAAAUCAUGUAUAUAUGUUGAAUAUCUAUUUUUAAGAAGUCAGUUGGCAUCUUAACAUCUCGCAUGCUUUCUGACAGUGUUCUUUCUGGAAUUCUAGUUUCUCAUGCUUCCAUCAUCUUUUUAUUGCUGCACUAAUUCCAGUGUCAAUAUGACUCUGUUUAUGCUUUAAAUAUUGUAUAAUACAUACAUUUUAAAAAACAAAAUAAAUUUAUAUACUCGUGACAUA